GAGAGAGAGAGAGAGAGAGAGAGAGAGAGAGAGAAAGUGUGUGACUCAGAUUCACUUCUUCAAUCGCACAGUUCAGAGACAGACAGAGACUGAGACACACACCCAACAUCUGAAGCAGAACAACUCCCUCGAACAAACUAGAGGAAGGAGAGGAGAGAGGAGUGUGUGUGAAAGAAGUCAAGAUUAAGGAAUUUCAGUGAGUUUUACACAAUCAAGAGUCCUGCGCUGAGGAGAGACAGAGAGGAGGAGUCACGUCUGCACCGAGUGAUAAAGAGAGAGAGAGACAGAGAGACAGAGAGAAAGACACACAGAGAGAGCGAGAGAGAGUGAGAGACACACACAAAGAGAGCGAGAGAGACACACAAAGAGCGAGAGACAGACAGAGACAGACAGAGAGAUAGACAGAGAGAGACAUACAGAGACAGAGAGAGAGAGACAGACAGAGAUAGACAGAGAGAGACAUACAGAGAGAUAGACAGACAGACAGAUAGACACAGAGAGAGAGAGACACACAAAGAGAGCGAGAGACAGACAGAUAUAGACAGAGAGAGACAUACAGAGAGAGAGAGAGACAGACAGAUAUGGACAGAGAGAGACAUACAGAGAGAUAGACAGACAGAGAUAGACAGAGAGAGAGAGACAGACAGAGAGAGAGAUAGACAAAGAGAGACAGAGAGAGAGACACACAGAGAGAGCGAGAGAGAGUGAGAGAGAGAGAGACACAGAGAGCGAGAGAGACACACAGAGACACAGACAGAGAGAGCGAGAGAGAGACAGACAGACAGACACUCUCAUUUUAUUUCAAGUCGGUGGGCAGACACACCGAUCUCUCCAGACAGCCUGACUCCUCCCUCUCUCCCCGCCAUGCCCCGCCCAUCCAACCACAGCGCCUGGCUCCUCCCGGGGGCGGAGCCCACAAACCACACCCCCUCCCAGCUCCCGCCCCCCUCGGACUGUGACUACGCAGACUGGGCUCCCAGCCUCGCCAUCAUCCCCUCCAUCUACCUGCUGGCCUUCGCCGUGGGCUCCCUGGGCAACGGGCUGGUCCUGAGAGCCUACCUGCCCUGGAGAGGAAAGAGGAACGGGCCCCGGGAGAGCCUCCAGCGACGGGGGGGCCCGGGAGGCAGGAGCAGGGGCCUGACUCACGCCUUCAUCGCCAGCCUGGCCCUGGCCGACCUCUCCUUCGUCUUCACCCUGCCCCUGUGGGCCGCCUACACCGCCCUGGGUUACCACUGGCCCUUCGGAGCGGCUCUGUGCAAGCUCAGCAGCUACCUGGCAGUCAUCAACAUGUACGCCAGCGUGUUCUCCCUCACCGGCCUCAGCGUGGAGCGUUACCUCGCCGUCGUCCGCUCCCUCUCCGCGGGGGCUGGGGGGAGAGCGGGCCGGGAGAGGGGGUCCUGGCUCGGGCUGGCCCCCGUCCUCUGCGUCUGGGCGCUGGCUGCCGUUCUGGGGCUGCCCGCCUUGGUCUUCCGGACGGUGAAGAGUCACACUUUCGGGGAUUAUGACGAGGAAGAAGGGGAGGGGGAGGGAGGGCAGGAGUCCAGGGUCUCUCACACCGCCUGCGAAAUGGACUACUCCCUCGCCUCCUCCUCCCCCUCCGCCGAAGCGGGGUGGAACGCCGUUUUGGGGCUCACCUCCACGAUGCUGGGGUUCCUCCUGCCCCUGACGGUCAUGCUGCUCUGCUAUUGGUCAGUGGGGCUGGCCGUGUCAAGGCACUUCGGCCGACAGGGAGAGGGGAAAACCGGGAGGGGGGACUCGCGGAACCGCAGACAGCAGAGGAGGCUGCUGAGCAUAAUCGCGACUCUGGUGGCGGCGUUCGCUCUGUGCUGGCUGCCCUACCACGUCAACAAGAUCCUCUCCGUCAUGACCGAGCUGGAGGCGCUGCCCUACGCCUGCUCCUUCGACCGCUUCCUGCUGCUGGCACACCCUUAUGCCACCUGCCUGGCGUACGUCAACAGCUGCCUCAACCCGCUGCUCUAUGCCUACCUGGACCCCGCCUUCCGACGGAGCUGCGCCGCUCUGAUUGGCUGCUGCCGCCCAAGCCCCGCCUUCAAAGCGAAAAUCGCGGCUGUCAGGGGAGGAGGGGGGCGCGGGGCAGGGGAGCGGUCCAGCGCGAGCGGGGGAGGAGCGUCCGAGGAGAGGAGGGACUGUCAGGAGACGGAGAUUCCGCCGUCGCCCCCGGUUACCGUCUGUCACGUUUAGGCACGUUUCUUUAGGGGAGGGAAAUGCAAUGUGCAUAGAUGUAUAUAUUUGCUUGUAUAUAUGUGUGUGUAGAUAGUGUAGAUAGAUUUGAAAGUUUGCUGGCCCCUGUGUUGACAGCUGAAGAUGAAGGGAUUUUGUAUCGAAACGUCCUGAAAUAAACAAUUUUUGUU